AUGUUGGGCCGUCAAGGUGGGCUGAAUGGGCCUUGUAAUGGACUCUGCUUCGACUAUAUUAUUAAGUGAUUGCGAAAGUGGGGAAUAGGGGAUAUCAAAGAUAUUGUAGUUAAUAUAAAGACUCAAAUUAGACCUUAAACUUUGACCUUAUUAAUUUUCUAAAUUUCCUUCUCUCUCAUCUCCCAUUUUUGAAAAUAAAGUCCAUAUAAGACCGUAAACUUCAAAAUUCCCUCCUUUCUGUAUAAAUCCAGAAAUCAAUCUUCUUCAGUAAUCGAUUGUCAUCGUAGUUAUGUAACAGUGUCCAAAAAUUUUAUCAUGACUCAAACUUUUUUUAUAAAACCUCCCAAGCUCUGCUAAACACCAAAAAAUGCGAAAAAAACUUGUGCAUGAAUGCUGUGAGAUUGUAGUCCUACUUUUGAAAUGUAGCCUUCCCUUCGAGCCCCCUUUGCCGAACCCACUCAUCCCUUCAUUUGGCUUAUAAUUUCUUUGUCGUUUCUUAAAGUGUAAAGUCUUACAGCGCCUUUCUGAAUCGUUUAUCGAUUGUUGAAAUCAUUUAGUUUUUAGAGCCCUAGUGUUUGCAGAAACAACCAAAUAAAUUACCUUCGUCUUGCUUUCAGAUAGGCCUCCAAAAACAAAAAUUGCCGUCGCACUGACGCCUCUCCGCGCCUGGCCUUUGUGGCCAUGGCUGGUCCUGCUCUUCUCCCUCAGGGCGCAGUCCCAGAUCCAGAUCAAUAGCGCCUUCUACCUGAACUCUUCGGUCUUCUCUUCGGCCUCAGGAUUCAUCGAUUUUUGCAUAUCAAAACUUCAGCAGAAUGGGGUCCUCCAAAACUUUGCUUUACAGUAAGUGUUACUCUUACUGCUUGUUAUGUUUAGGAAAAACAUCGUCGAGGAGGAGACCUGCACACAAACCCAGGGCACGGCCCCGUUGGCCGCUCAGAUUUUGAGCGAUUUCUACACCUCCGGUAAAAAAUAUGACGUCAUCUUCGGACCCAUGUGUGAUACCGGUAAUAUAAUCAUAUGUAAUUUAGUGCUUGCAAUUUAGAAGCGGAUAUAAUAUCGAGGGCGACAAGGGGAAUGGACACAAUCCAGAUAAAUUUCUGGCACGAUGUGAAGGCAACUUCUGAAGAUGGGGAUGCGAUCCAGGUUUCUACAGACUCGGCGACCAACACUGGACUCAAUGUCGUCGCCGUGAUGCAGAUUUUGGAUUGGUUUAAGGUAAUGGAAUCUGAAUUUUAUCUUGCAUUAGUUGGGGCUUGUCUACAACCAAAUUAUAAGCGAAGAAAUCCAGCGGUCUUUUUGUAAGAGAGAAAAUAAAAUGAGGAGAGGCGGUCAGAAAAAUAUUUUUUAGGCUUCUUGCUGAAUGUGGCUGAAAAAAACGAAUUUUUUUGUAAAUUUUUGAUACAUAACUAAAAGUUGUUUUUGUGCUUUAAAUUGAAAAAUGAUUUCGUUUUAUCAUGCCAUGACGAUGAUAAUUACUACAAAUCGCAUACUAUGAACGUGCCCUUGUCAAUUCAUCCCCGUAAUUGAAACAUAUAUACUUGAUUCCCUAAGGGUCUCCCUGUUGUCCUUUCUUAAUUUGGCUUUUUUCCAGAUGGGAAUAGUCUCAUGUUCCUUGUGUUACGGCGCUUAUACUCCAAAAUUUGGACAAUACGAAGAGUUGCAUCCAUUUGUCGCCGAAUUUAAGAAGACAUUGGUGGAAUCUUCGGCUGACAUUCAAUUUGAGCAUGAUAUCACACCAGAUCAAUUACAGGGGCCAGUAUUACAAGCAGUUGUCGACCAACUAACUGCGGCUUCAAGGAGUAAGACCUAUUUUCUUGAUGCUACACAGUUAUUUAAAGACAUAUUUGCUGACAGUGAAAACUAUAUAAAAAAAAUUCUUUUAGUCAUGCUCCCAGCCUUUGGCAAUGAACUGAGCAAUUACAAGGAGUUUAUGCGGUUAUAUACUCAAAAAGACAUCCCAAAGGAAGAAUACGCCGUAAUCAUUGUCCUAGAACGCAUGCCAACAUCCUUUCCAUGGAUUGAAGGAGGGAAGAUCAACAUGAAUAUAUUGGAGUACUUUCAGCAAACCAUCAUUGUAAGUAGUGUUUUUUUUGCGUAAAUAUUGCCUUAAAAUUCUCUAAAAAGCGUUUAAAUAAAAGUAUUCUAAAUUUCAGAUUGUAAAUGACAUCAACAAUUACUCUGCAGCACAACAAUCGUUUAUCAGUGAGUCUGGAGUCUCGGGAAAUGAUGUAAGCCAAUUUUAUAAACUUUCUUUUUGAUUUUAGACGACCAAUACAAAAACAAAAUAACUUUUAGGACGUUAUGAACACACAUCUGCGACUCUACGAAGCCAUUUACAGCUAUGUCACCGUACUCGAAAAGACCUUGAAAGAGAAAGGAAAAGGAGCCCCGUUUACCAAUUCAACGGUGAUGAGGCACACUUUCGAAGACUAUAAUAUCAGCGGUAACCUAUAGAAGUUCACACAGUCUCAUCAAAUGACUUUACUUACAGGCCCAUUCAGUCAAAUGAUCUUCAACAAAAUGGGGAUCCGUAUUCAGCCCUUCCGGGUGUUCAUGGUCUCCAAUGAGACUGACGAUCCAACCCGGCCAAAUAUGGCCGAGAUUAUGAAAAUAAAUGUGAAACACGAAUGUUCUCAAGACUACGAGUACGAGGACGAUUCCAAUAUUGGAAGGACUAUCUACGAUCAUUCGGACUGUUACAGAUUGGUGAGAAUUCUGAUAGGAAGUGCAAUCAUACUAUGGCCCUACAGUUUCUUGAAUUUUUUUUUGGGAGAUAUCAAAAAGGAGAAUUGUCAUAUUUCUGCAUAAUUCUUUGAUCCACAAAUUUUAAUCAUGCCACUUCUUUAAUUUUAGGACGUAGACUUAGUCGAAGAUCGUCGUUUUCUCCUGAAUCUACUGCCUCCAGACAUGCCCUCAUGUGGAUUUGAUGGCAAAGAUUGUGACCAGAGGGGUACCAUCUUGAUUCUGAUCGCGAUUAUGACUGCAAUUUGCUGCGCGUUCAUGGGAUUUUUGUGUGUGAGAAGGAUGUAAGUUAUUUUUUGGAAAAAGCCAAAUCAAUAUCUAAAUUUAGGAAGACAGGAGAAACAGCCAGAAUGCCUUGGGCGAUCCAAUCACCCACGAUCAAUUUUUUAGACAUUCCUUACACUCGACAGUCAGUUUCGGUAAGAUUUUUGGGGUUAUCGACCAUUUUACUGACAGAAAACCAAAUUCAAUCAAAAUUCAAUUGUCAUAAUCGGAACAUAGUGGGAGCUCUAUACACUAAUUCUAGGAUAAAAUAGAUGUACAACGAAUUCAAAGGGACCAAUUUUUGAGUCAUUAAAUAAAUUUUCAGAAAUUUGAAGACCUUGAAAUCCACAGUGUCAACUCUCCUCGACUGGACGCCAAUCCCUUCGAAGAUGAACAAACAAUCUAUGCAGGACGUUAUCGGCAUGUUGGGACAAUUGGUCAGGGAUUUGUAAUAGUCGAGGCAUACAAACUCAAGGAGAAAAUCAUGUUCGACAAAAGGGACAUGCACAUGCUUUUUCAGGUAAACAACUUAAACCAAUUCUAAAAUACGAUUUUUAGAUGAAGCAGUUAAUCCAUGACAAUGUGAACACAUUUAUUGGACUGAGUAUGGAUCGGGCGUCCGAUUUUUACGUCAUUUGGAAGCACUGUCUGCGAGGAACUUUGACUGAUAUCAUCGCGAAUAGUAACGCUGGGCAUCUGCCUAAAUUUGACCGGGAUUUCCAGAGUGCUUUUGUUCGAGAUAUCAUCAGAGUACGUUAAAUUGAACUCCACAAACCAAAAUUUCGAUAAAAAGUAUCUAUACAUGUAGUGUGUCUAACACAAUAUAAUUUUUGCCGAUUUUUAGGGUCUAGAUUACAUCCACAGUUCAGCCGUUGGCUAUCAUGGCGGUCUGACGGCCGAACAAUGUCUAAUCGACUCCCAUUGGAUCCUCAAAAUCUCCGGUUUCGGUCUUCCCAGAAUGCUCCAUCGAUGGCGGAACACGGGAAUGCUGGCAGGUCGCGGAGGUGCUCCGAUGAUCCCCAAUUCCGAACUCCAUUAUUACGCGCCAGAAGCGAGAAGGGCAAUAAAAUUGGCGGUGCAAAAGAACAAACCGGAAGAUUUGGAGUUCCCAAUGAAGGAAGGACAGGCCCAUGACAUGUACGCAUUCGGAUGUAUUCUAUUCGAGAUCUUGUACAAUCGAAAAGUUGUGGAGCUGGAAGACGCGUUGGAUACGAAUACAGAUGCUGAUGAGGAUUUGGGAAUAUUCAGUGAAGCGGCCGAAGAGAUGUUGCCGUUGUAUCCAACGUUCCCCGAAGAAGUGGACAUGCAUCCAGAUCUGGUCUCGCUGAUGCAUCGGUGCUUCAAUGGCAAGCCGGAUCAGAGACCAGACGCCAAUAUGUGCAGGAAAAUCACGGAUGCAACCUUGAAAACGUAAGCUUGACUCCGUAUUUACAAGUAAGAAAUAAAGUGGGAAAAGGAAAUCAUCCUGCUUGGUCAGCUGAGAAAAAACCGGGCUCCAAGUAAUACGAAAGACAAUAAUAAGUAUUAGCCCGACUAACUGCCAAGCGUUCCAAAAUUUACUUUCCAUGCCACAUUUUCAUGAGCUGGAUUGUUCAACAAACCUCUUGUUUGGAACUUUUGUUCGAAGACCCUAACAAGCGUUCCAAAUCCCAUAAAAGUCUCACUCGUUUUUGGAUUGGGUUCCUUGGAGAAAUAUUUUCUCUUUUUUUCGUUUCUCUGGACCUCUCCAUUUUUUCACAGUCUUUCGCAGGUUGUGUUUCAUGUCAAAAAAAAUUCGUGUCGUAAAUUUUUCGGAAAAAAAUCCUCUGUAAAUUUUGCAAAAUUGUGAUGCUUCCCCAAUGUCAGGUAAGAAUUGACAGCAAAUUAGUUUUAUUUUAAUCCAUCUUAUCCUUGUUCUUUCAGACCCGGCUCUUUGGUGGAUCAGAUGAUGAAGAACACCGAAAACUACACGAAUAACCUCGAAAAUUUGGUCAGUGAGAGGACUGGACAGCUUCAGAUCGAACAGAAAAGAUCCGAUGAGAUCCUUCAAGAGCUGUUGCCUCGAUCCGUGAUCACCGAACUCAAACUUGGGAAGACCGUAGCUCCAAAACUCUACAAGUCAGCGACUAUAAUGUACUCGGAUAUUGUCGGAUUUACCUCACUUUGUUCGGAAAGUCAGCCCAUGGAAGUUGUCAAUCUGUUAAAUGGAAUGUUUACGGCUUUUGAUAACGUAAUUGGACAACAAAAAUGUUAUAAAGUAGAGACGAUCGGAGAUGCCUAUAUGGUUGCAUCUGGAGUACCGGAGAAGCUGCGGAACGAACAUGUCAAGGAGAUUGCCUACACAGCCCUCAAGCAGAGACAGGUAAGGGUUCUCAAAAAUUUUUUAGCACGUUUUAGGUAACUCGUUCGAUUUGUCAUGUAUAAUGUCCGAUUUUAGUUCCUUUUUGGGUAUGAAAUUCCACAUCGACCUGGUCAGCGGCUGCAUUGUCGUUGGGGCUUCAAUUCUGGGAGUGUUUUCACAGGUGUUGUUGGUGUUACAGCCCCGCGAUACUGUGUUUUCGGAGGAACGGUAAGAAUCUCUGAUCUUUUAUUGGUUUCUGUUUUUAGGUAACAUUAGCGGCGAAAAUGGAGAACUCCGGGCAACCGGAUAAGAUCCAAAUGACGUUGAAGAGCCAACAGUUGCUGACAGAGCGUUAUCCAGAAUUUAGGACGACUUCAAGAGGUGGGGUUAAACUGGAGGUAAGUUAUUACCUAAAAUUUGGAUUUUUCUUCCAAAUGAAGUUAGAAUUUGGACGGGCACGAUGGGAAAUUUUCGUUUAUUGCCGACAGUAGCUGGUUAAGUGCUUUUGGGGCCAUAUUUUUUCAGCAAUCUGGUCGUUUUGAUAUUACUCAUGUAUAAACCACUUCCUUUUCAGGGAAUCGGGACCCUUCUGACUUACUGGCUUGAUGGGAUAGAUGAAGAUCUGGCUAGUGGUCGCGUUGAUGCCGAUGCGAGUGCUGCCGAGGACGAUGAUAUGGAAGCAAUACCAGAAGACGCGAGGGCAACCGACAUCGAACAUUAG